AUAUACACGCCACUACUUUAAAUAACACAUACUGAAAGUAUAUGAUCACUUGAACUCGAAGGCUUUCCGCACCGAUACUAUCAAUGACACUCGCUGUGCCGUCGCCCACGAUGUCUUCUAGGCCCAUCGAAGCUCAUUACAAGAACGCAGCUCGAUCGAAUCUACCGCACGCUCAACCCCGCACCGCUGGACAACAUGGAAAGGCGCACUCUCUCAGCUAUGGCGAAAGCAUCUUGCUUCGCUUUCCUUCCGAAUCGCUCACCCACAUCACUUCUUUUCUCGACCCCGACACUCUACUUGCGCUCUCCGGAACGAACAGGCAGCUGCACGCCCACGUAAAGGACGACAACACCUGGCGGCGCGCGUACGUCUAUCAGUUCCUCGGAAUCUCUCCCGAGAGCGAUCUCCGCGAUAAUGGCGACCAGAAGAACCUGAUGCUGCGUCGCGAAGAGAGCACCUGGAGGCGCGAAUUCGUGCUGAGGUACAAUCUGAAACGGCGAUGGGAGCGAUCUCGCAACCAGCCAGUGACGCACGUUCCCCACCACUCGAACGUCGUGUCCAUGCAUCUGAUGCCCAACACGACGCUCCUCGCCGCCUCGCUUCAGUACGGGAUCGCCGCGCGCUCCUACCCGCUCACGGGCAAGAUCCUUCGCGGCUACCUCGACGCGAGCGGCACGGCGAACGGGAUCGGGCUCGGGAACCCGAACCUCGAGUUCUCGCCACAUGUCACGGCGAUAGCGCUUGCGUCCGAGGGGCGCACGGCGAAGGUGCUGUGGGGGUUCCGCAACGGCGAGGUCGCGGUGACGACGGCGGUGCGCGCGAUGGACGGGAACCGCCCGUCCGCGGCCAAGCACGCACGGUGCACGGUGGAGGAGUGCCACGAGGCGGCCGUGUGUGCGCUUGCGUGGGGCACGGAGGUCGGCCAGGAAGGCCCGAGCGCGUUCGUGACGGGCGACACGCACGGGCAGGUGAAGCUUUGGGACGCCAAGAAGAUGAAAUGCCUGUGGACAUCGACCAAGAAGGAGGGCCUCGAUAGGGAUGUUUGCGCCAAGAUCGCCGUGGACGUCGCGCGCGGUGUGGUGGUCGCAGCCAUGGAGAGCAACAAGACCGUUGUGUGGUCCGGAUUCGGCCCCGUUCUGACCGGGGAGCGAGAAGUGCUCGAUCAUGGUCCGACCGAACUCACGAUACCCCCGUUCCCCGCGUUCAGCGCUGCGCAGACACCAGGCGCUUCUCGACAUCCACAUCUCGAACGCCAUGGCAAGCUCGGCCUCCUGGUCGCGUACAAAGGCGACCCUUACCUGUAUCGCAUCGACGUCGACCUGGACACGUCAGACAUCGAACGUGGCGCCCUCGGAGAUGGGUCUGCCGGUUCCGUGACCGUUGUCAAACCUGUGCUCGCUACGCAGGAGGGCGAGUCAAGCUUCCUGUUCGUAGGUGACCAGCUGGGAUGCAUUAGCAUCUUCAACUGGAAUGCCCCUUUGUUCUCAAGCCGGACGAGCAUCCCCCCGCUCCGCAAGAUUGAUGCACAUGAGGACGGUCCGGUCACCGCGCUUGCAUGGAACACGAUCGUGCUGGCAUCCGGCUCUUCUCGAGGCACAGUCAAGGCCUGGGACGCGUUGUCCCUCGCCCAUCUAAGGACUUUUCCGUCGCCCAGCGCUCGUCCUACCGUUGACGGCGAGCGGGAUGGUGUCACCCAGAUCUUGCUGGAGCGUACUGUGCUUCUUGCUUCAGUCGGGAGCAAAGUUAUGGCAUGGCAGGCCGGCCCGGUCGGCAAGGCGCACGCGAAGGGGAAGCAGGUCAGGGCCGUUCGGAACGCGGGGCUGGCCAAAUGGCAGCAGCAAAUCGAGAUGUACAGGGACAUCGCUGAGUCGCGCCGCGAUCUCGACGAGGAGCAGUCGCACACGCGUCGUGUGUUCGGCCGUGAGCGCGAGCAGCAGUCGACCCUUGCCCACCUCGGACUCAGCGAGGUUGAGGCUGUGGAGUAUGUGCUCAUGCUCAGCAGGGACGAGGCAGAGGGUCAGCGACCCCAACGUGCCCUGUCUUUGCCCGAGGAUGACGGUGUCUUCAUGGCCGAUUUUGACGAUCUGCAUACCCCCGUAUCCGGACCUUCGGCCUUCAUCGAGAACGCGCCGUCACCCGCAAUGUCAUCGCGCACGUCUUCGUUUUCAUCUCACUCUUACUCGAACAGCAGCAUCGUCAUCAACGGCCGCUCGCUGCCUAGGACGGUCCCGUCGCAGUCAAACCACAAGAUACAGGUAUCGCCGCGCAUGCGCCCGGAGCCGAUGGAGGCUGGCUUCGCUGGAAGUCCUCUAGACGGUUCUCUGUCGUCGUCGCUCAAUACCCAAACGAGUGUGUCUGUACCUUCGACGACGGAUCUCGACCAUUUCCCGCCAGUGAGUCGGACGCCGUCUUCCACCGGCAUCUCGGUCCCUUCCAUGCCUACAAGCCCCAGCGCGCUGCAGCGGUCAGGCCCUGGUAGUCCGGAGUCUUUGCGCGGCGCGUGGGCGAUACCAAUGUCAAGGCAGUCAUCCUCGUCGGCGCCGUCGCCCUCACCUGCCUCUGCGAUGUCUUCCCCGCUGCUUGUCGCGAGGAGGAGUUCGCCGCCCAACCAUGCGUCAACUGCGGGACCGUCGCUCAUCUCUGCCGGAUUGCGCUUCGCGAUAGAGUUGAGCCUCGCAGAAGCCCGCAGCCGCGGGGAGAGCAUUUGAACUCGAAGAAUAGUAUGAACCUUAGAGAUCAUGGCCAUGCAUGUGAUCUAGAGCUUUGCGACACAGAGAGAUAUGAUACGCCCUUGACAGUUGUUCGUAUGCCUGUUAGACUACAAGUUCCCUAUGCGACCUAUGAUUUGCCCGAUACUAUGCGCGAAGUCAAAGAUAGAUAGUAAUC